AUGCAACGGAUUACGAGUUACUCAUACCCUUCCAAUGUGGCGACCAGUACCAGAUAUGCCUCGACACAUGCCAGCAGUUCUGCCUUCAGUGCCUCUGCGAACCCCAAUGAGGACUGGACCAAGAUCUCCGACCUUGCUGAAAGACGGCGAAUCCAGAAUCGCAUUGCACAGCGAAACUAUCGCAAGAAGCUGAAGAGAAGAUUGGAAGAUCUGGAACGCCGCGCUGGAUCUUCAUCUGCCUCUCCUGAACAAUCACAUUCUGAGCUCGCAACUCCACCUCCCCGGGAGUCGACUCAGAUCAAGUCUCAGGCUAUGGGCCGCCAAACGUCAAGAUCAAGUGUAUCUCAGGACGUCCAAAGAGGUUCGCCAGAGUUACUCCCCCUAGACGACCAUUCAUCUCUUUUCGACACUCCAGCAACACGCCAUCUAUCGAUGAACUCAACUCCAGCGUUCAGUUUCUCUUCAUAUCCCCCUACCACCGCCUAUCUACAGUAUGAGCAACAACAGCCAGUCACCUAUGACUCUCAUCCAUACUAUUCAACUUAUUCUUAUCCCGCGGAACUCACGGCCUCGACGUUACCCCCAACAUUACCGACCAUGCUUCCGUCGACGUACGGCAAGCAAGAGCAUCUGUUCGCAGAUGAAGACUUGAUGAGCCCGUUCAGUAUGAAUUAUGCUUCAUUGGCUGGUCUAGAAUUGCCUUCGAAUCAAACAUAUUCGGGGGCCAACUCUCAUACACCACCGCUCACAGAUCCAUAUUCAUUGGACUCGGCACACAACUCGCCCAACUACUUCGACGUCCCGCUCACACCCGUUUCGAGAACGGCGAGCCCGAAUUUUCAUCUCUACGACAUCAGCUGUAACUGA